AUGCUCGUGGGUAAACGGAGUGAUGCGUUCCCCUUGCUGUGUGGUCCCCUCAUGACCCGUCACACCCUCUCCAGUAGGACCCAGCUUUCUCCCAAACACUUCGAGCUCACUUGUAGGCGUGAAUUAAUUCAGACGUUCAUGGCACGAACGCUGCACGCGUACAGGAAUCGUUGCUGUGAUUUCUUGUCAUCAUAUGCUGUGUUAGCAUUUGACUGUCCAAAAAGUCCUGCUGAUAGUACUCCAAGACGACCUGUUUUGUCUGUCAGUGCAAGAAAAAUCAAAGAUAAUGCAGCAGACUGGCAUAAUUUAAUGAUGAAAUGGGAGAGACUGAAUGAUAAUGGAUUUACUACGGCAAACAAAAUAGUCAACAUGAAGAUCAGUGAGCAAUUUCAAGACAACAAACUGGAGAUAGCAUGUGACAACAGUGCCACAGAAUCUGAAAAGCCAAUUCCAAAAUACAAUGAAGAACUGGACAAUUGCUGUGCAGAAUUACUUGAGACCUUAAAGCAUAUGACAAAAAUACAACUGAAAAUGGAAAAGCUUACUUCAACUACUAAAGCAAUCUGUGACUUGGAAACAUACCACCAUGGAGCUGGGAAUUGCACAGUAUCCUUCUUUCAUACAUGGCCCACACCAUACUUCUAUGAGGUUUCUCUGAAGCUCUCUGAGAUGUACAAGAAAGAACUACAACUCAAGCAAACAAUUGUACAAGAAAUUGCUCAUUCUGCUGACCAGGAUCUGAUGAUGGUCUAUUUAUCAUCAUGGUUAUACCAGCCUUACAUUGAGAACAGCAGCAAACUACUACUUGAAGCCAUGCUGCUGGAAACAGGACAUAGACAGUGCUAGAAUUUCAAAUGUUACAUGGCUUGCUUCUAGUGAUGCUUACACGAAACUGAAAUGGCAAAUUGCAAGACUUAGCAAGUAAGUUGAAUUCUUGUAACGCUUAUUAAAAACAUUUAUUAUUUUG